AUGGUAGGAGCGUCAGUAACAAAUCUUCCAUGCACAUUUAUCAAUAACGGUAGUUUUAAUGGUGACCUUGACUGUGAUAAAUUGGAUAAAGAAUUCACCAGAAUUCCUACAAAUGCCGUCGUUAUCUUGACUGUGACCAGUGAUGGUCAAUCAGGUCAGCCUGUAUCCAUGACCAACAUAAAAAAUGUCUCUCAAAUUUGCAAGAAAUGGGAUGUCCCUCUGUUUAUGGAUGGGUGUCGUUUUGCCGAAAAUGCCUAUUUCAUCAAAUUAAGAGAUGAGAGGUAUGUGGAUAGUUCAGCCAGAGACAUAGCCAAAGAGAUGUUUUCCUACUGUGACGGCCUGUAUCUGGCUGCACACAUGGAUAUCCUUUGCAACGUUGGGGGAUUCUUUGCCUGUAGACGUAAGGACCUGUUUCUCAAUUUUAUAGAUACAUACAAGAAGAUCGGGAGCACGAGAAAACAUGGUGGAACGGCAGCAAGGGAUCUUGUAGCUGUUACAGUUGGCCUGACAGAAGGGCUCGAAGACCGCUUCUUGAAGUACAGAAUUGAAAGUUUGUCCACGUUUGGAGACAUCUUGAAGAAGGCCGGCGUCCCAUUAGUUGAGCCAGUAGGAAGUGCCAUCUACAUCAACGCUGCCAAAUGUUUACCCCACAUUCCCACAGAGCAGUAUCCAGCUUGGGCCCUGCACUGUGCCCUGUAUGUAGAAGGUGGCAUACGAUGUAAACAUGUUGGAGAGUUGCAGGAUGUCGAGAACAAUACUCAAGACAAUCCCCAUCACUUCUUACAAAUCUGUCUACCGAGGCGAUGUUACACCUUUUCUCACAUGCUGUAUAUCGAUCUCCGCCUGUCGACUGCCCUGCACAAAGAUCCGUGGCGCUCUGCCAGAAUGCCGUCAGAUCACUACUUGAUCGCCGAGAUCGCCAUCGGAGCGCUACUUGAUCGCCAAGGUCAUAAUUAG